UGAGGUUUUCAAAUAACAUACAAGAUGGCUGAGACAACAGUGGACGCCCGGGCUCAGCAAGUGUUGGAAUUAUUGUCCAAGUUCUCUCUAGAAAAGCUCGACCACAGCUGGAUAAAAUAUGUUAUUGACUCAGACUACACAGAGGUGGAAGAUAUGCCAUCAGAGUUUGAAGACCACCAUUACAGCACAAAUUUAAGCGGUUUGUUUAGUGCUGUCAUCAGUUGUUGUCGCCAGUGGGUAGAUACACUACCACCUAUAUCCACUGAAAAUAGUGAAAAGAGACUGUCCUUUACCAACCUUGACGUUAAUGAAGAUACCACCUUGCACACGAGGUUUUGGAUUGAUUUGUCUGAGGAUGUGAAAGGUCUGUUGGCACUGUUGUUUUAUUACAGUUACCGUGGUCAGCGGUAUGAUGCCAAAGAGGCUGACCGUGAACUGGGCAUCCAGGCUGCUAGUUUGUAUUUUCUUCUCCUAUCUAUCCCUGGCAGUAAUGCUUUUCGAGUUUUCCAUCCCGUUUUGUACCUCAAAUCUCUUGAUAUCAUGCGCUUGACCACAAAGCUGCGAGUUGGAGCUUCAAGCCCGAAGAAGGGCCGUCCUAGUGCCUUGCGUGGAAGCCAGCGGAAGUCGCACGACGACCACUUAGUAGCUGAUGCUGAUGAAGAUGACGAUGCUGAAAUGGCCAUGUUGACCCCAAAUGAAGCAAAUAAAUUGAUAAGAUCUUUGAACAUCCUUUUAAAUGAUUUUUUGAGACUAACUCAAAGAUUUUCAUUGAAGCAUUCGCCAGAGUCUCUGGAUGAAACUAUCAGUAUUCUGAUAGAUGUUUCUCGCUGUGAAACCAACAACGCUCAAGCAAUAUUUAUUGGAAGGCAUGGCUCGGCAACUGUUACAGCCUUGACAUAUAAUGCCUAUGUUGCUCUACAGUCUGUAUGUAAUGUCAUACAUGGUAAAAUCAAGAAAAUAGUCAUCAUAAUCAUGAAACACAUUUUGUACAAUAUACUUAUGGUUUCCAGAGGAUCGUCGGACUUGUCGACCCGCUCCUUGGGAGUUAUCCGGGACCAUUCACAGAUUUUUGUGAAAUAUAUAUUGACCCAGGUAAAGCAAGAUGCAUAUGAAGGGGUUUAUAUUCUCAUCCAGCACCUCUGUAUCCGUGUACCUGACAGGGCAGAGUUUCGACAGAAGACCGCUCAGUCGGUGGUGGAAAUUCUGCGUUAUCUUCCCAUUCAACUUUACACACAUCUUAUGAAAUGGUUCUUCAAGUUCUCACACAAUGAGAAAGCAGGUCAUAGGUUGUUCCUGUUGGAAGUGAUAUCCAAGAUGUUGAGGGAAGAAGAGCGGCACGCCGAGGGGGAGCGAACUCCCGGAGGCCAAGAACGGGAAGUUCGUCCUCAUAGGUCAAGGCUGAAGUCAAUAACAGAGGAAGGUGUGGAGGAAAGUGAUGCGGAACUCAGUUUUGUCAAUGUUUCUGCAGAUCAUCCUGUGGAAGUUCCACCAGAUCGCAACAUCCUCUCACACAAGUUCUUGCUCAGUAUUAUUUUUUCAAGGUGCCGUGACAGUGCUGCCACGGUCCGCUCAAAGGCACUUGCUCUUCUAGCCGACUGCACCUUUUCAACCAAUCCUACCAUAAUGCUUGCUAUGAAGCAGAUUUUCUUUCGUGCCCGGCCGGCAAUGUUUGCAACACCACAUAUUUCAAAUAAUAAUAUCAACCUUGAGUCUCCAAUUGAACUUGAUGGAGAGGAUAAAGACCUUGAACUGCCCAAUGCUGCAAGAGUGGUAUCAAUGUUGCACAGGAGAGCACUGGAUGACAAGGUGACAGUGCGGAAGUCUGCGCUACAAGUGUUGGAGAACUUAAUGCGUCUUGACAACGAGAUGCUCACGGAAAAGAAUUUGGAAGUGUUGGCAGAGCAUUGUCGUGAUCCGGCACUGCUUGUGAGGAAACAGAUCAUAACAUCUCUGUCAACUCUUAUGAACUGUUACCCUGAGCAUGAAACUGUUAUCUCAACCUGGAUCAUGGGUGUUAUUCCUCUUAUUCUUGAUCCUGAGGUAAAAGUUCAAGAACGUGUUGUCGAGGUUCUUGACCAGCUGCUGUUCAGGAAUUUGUUGGUCCAUGGUCACCCUCAGUCAGGAACUCCAGAAAACAAGCUUCCUUGGCUCAUUCUUGGUGCCAUCAUAAAACGGAGCUUUCAUAAGUUCUUCAACAAAGCUCUUGUUAUGUGGUCCAAGUCAGAAUUUGUGAAGCCCAAGGUGAUAAAGUUGGUACGAAGUCACAUUGGCAAGGAAAACAAUGAGGAAGCCUGGACUUUACUGGCACUACUCUCGACCUAUAUCACGGUGAAGGAUGCUACGUUUGCUGUGGAUUACUUUGAAGAACACUGUCAAGUUAAUUCAGAGGUGGGAUCUUACACUCUCCUACAAGUGUUAAAGGUGUUAAACAACAGCAUCAAGCAUGUGCCAGGGGAUCGUGCAGAGGCCUUGCAGCAGCAGCUUCUAGAACCAAUCACCAGUUUUUCUGUGGGAGCUGAGCUCAUAUCCCACAUGAUGGAUACCAUUACUCUUCUCAGCUAUAGUCUGCAUGGUGAUGAUGUAGAAGGUCAAAAAGCAAUAGAAAAAUGGGCAGCACCGCUUCUGAAGAACUGUGAUGAACAUUUAAAGCAUAUAUUGUUUGAAAGGGCUAAGCCAUUAAAUAGUGUUGGUGAGGAGAAGCUUUUCAGACACUUGUUCACCUUGGGAGAGACAUCCAUGCUGUGUCCACAGAAAGUGAACAAGAGGAUGUUUCUCAUGCUUCAGAGUAUCAUUUUCCACCAGCCUGGAGAUAAGUUCACUACAACAACUGCUCCAUCAUCACAAACACAGAGCUCCCAACCCACCACAAUUACUUUUGCUCCCACCACACGUGUCCAGGCAUUAGCUGUGGUUACAUUAGGCAAGAUGUGCCUACAGCAUGAGGAUCAGGCCAAACGCAUCAUUCCUGCUUUGGGGAAGAUGCUCGAUACAACAAAACAUUCAGCUAUCAAGAUCAAUAUUGUCUUUACUUUGUCAGAUAUGUGUGUCAGGUAUGCAACAUUAGUUGAUCCUUUGAUGCCUCAAGUUACAGCAUGCCUUCGUGAUCCAGACAUCAGAGUGCGCCGUACGACACUGACACUGCUCAUCAAUCUGCUGCAGGAAGAUUACCUAAAAUUAAAAGGAUCCUUUUUUUACAGAAUUUUACAGUGUCUUACAGAUGACCAUGAGGAUAUCCGCAGUACUGUUAUCUUCUACAUAACAGAACGAUUAUUGAAACGCUUCCCAAAGAUUCUGAAUCAGCACUUCAUUGAAUGCAUUUUUCACUACAAUUGUUAUGAGGAGCAUGAAUCAUACAACAAAUUUACACAGAGCUCCAUGGAAAAGGAAUUGUUCUCCCUUGCGGGCAAAGAACACACAAAAGAUCGUCACCUGAUUUAUCGCUUUAUGCUGGACCACAUGCCUGAUGACCAGCGCUUUUCUACAACCCAGCGCCUUUGUCAGGAUGUUCUUGGUGGAGUGGUUGAUGGGCGUAUCAAACUGACACCAUCUAGCCUACCCAUGCUGCAAGACACACUCACGGUACUAAGCUGUGAUGAGAUCAAGCUUGCCUCUUUGAAAAACAGACCAGAGGAUGUUGACCAACCAACAGAUCAGGCUGAGCAAGCAGCUAUGGCAGGGAUGGUCAUCAAGAAGACCAUCAUCUCUCAGGAUCAUUGGAUUCCCAAGGUGGUGAAGCGCCAUGUUAUUGAAAAUAUUGUACCCAUUCUGAUUGCCAUGAAGCAUAAGUUGGAAGAACAUCGAUCACCUCUGAUGAAACAUCUCUUACUCUACCUGAAGGAAAUUAUGAAGGAUUACAAGAAUGAGGUGAAGGAGAUUCUGACAGGAGACAAGCAAUUAGCAAAGGAAAUUGAAUUUGACUUACGACGUUUUGAUCAAGAACAGCAGGAAGAAGAGCAAGUGAACAAUGUAGGAGUUGAGGAAGCUGGUCAGUAUAGGGCAGCAGAGCAGAGUCAGGUGCAAGAUGGUAAUCAAGACAAAGAAAUCUCUGAGGAGAAACAUGAGGUAGGACCUUUGGGUUCCUCUCCAAUACUCCCACCACGAAUAUUAAACCCAGACAAGAGGGGAACACCUUCCAUGGGUUCAGGCAGUAAGAGCCCGUCUGCAUCCAGCAAUGAACUUCGUAAAUUGGCUUUACUGAAUUGUAAAACUAUAGCUGCCAGAAGGAGGAGUAUUAGUGUUCCUACCUUUAAUAUAUCAGCUGCCUCAAAUAAUGCAUCCGGUGUGGUGAAACAACGCAGAUGCAGUAUGAGUGACUUUAGGGAAAAAACUAGUGAGCCUGUUAAAAUGAAACCACCGGAGAAAGAUAAGAGUCAUGUAGACCCACGACCAGUUGGAGGCUACCCAACCCAAGGUGAUCAAAUGAUACCUGAACAUAUUCCAAAUCAAAAGAAAGAUAAGGGGGAUUUAAUGCGUGCUAUAAGUACUCCACAAGCAGAGAAGAGUGUCAUUAGUAAUAUUACAUUUGUUAAUGAGACACAGGAAGUUAGUGCUAUUAGCAUAGACUCAACCAUCUCAUUUGCUAAUAAAGAUGAAGACAGACAACCAAAAUUGCUCCUUCAUCUAAAGCGUCCUGAAGCCUAUGCAAAAGAAUCGGACUUUAGUCGUCUACGGAAAAGUACUAGAAGAAACCUCAAUUCUGAACUGGUUAAAGUUAGUAAUGAAAUUAUUAAAGAGAAACGUCAGUCAGGAGGACUUUAUGAAUCUUACUCCAGUGAGGUCACCGAUAGUGAGGAUGAAUCUUCCAUCCAAAGUAAGAGGCCUUCAUCACCAGCCAGAACCACCCCAAAGACCCAGAAGUCAGAAAGUCGAGGUAAAGUGAAAAGAACAAGAGACAUGGCAUCCCUUAGCCCUGAUCCUACAAAGACCCACCCUAAUACACAAACAGCAAAGCCAAGUCAGAAGAGAAGUAAAAAAAAAAAAUAAGUAAUGUACAGUAGCUAAAACAACUAUCUGUGCAGGUAGGGGUUGAUAUGCUCCCAAAUUUUACGUGUGACUAGUGACAGCCCUCAUAUACCAAAAUUUACCGUCCAUGGUCUCAUGUUGUUUCCCACGACGUAUGCACAGAUUGUUGUUUUAGCUACUGUACAUGAGGGCAGUAAGUGCAAUUCACUGAGCUUGGCAUUACACUAUAUGUAUAUAUUGUAUAUAAUAGAAUUUAUUAGAACAUUUUUUUACUUUAUUUUGGUUAAGCGUUGGGUUAAAAUGACGACAGAAUUGUACUGAGAGGAUAACUUUUAUGCCAUAUUACACCUAGUAGUUUCUUUAGCUAUAGCCAGUUCUCCUGCAUUUAAAUGUAACAUUAUUUGCUAGAAAUGUUGGACAAUUAAACUUGUCAUCAGUAAUACAGGUACAGUAUUAUUAUUAUGGAAGUACUAUCCUAGGCCUAUCAUGGAAGUAUUACAUCACAAAUUUUAUCAGAGCUUAAGUACUGUAAUGUUCCUUCUUACUCUGUUACCUAUAUUUAAGCGCAAUAAAUCACUGCUUAUUUGAA